AUGACUUCCAGAACAACAUCAUUCACCCUCUCCCGACCGCAACCGAGCCGACGGCCGAGUCUAAGUUCGAGGUUAUCCUUCGCCGUUUCCACCGCCGAGCGCGGCGAGGGCGAGGGCCGCGAUGCACCGGCCGCCCAGCAGAUCGAGGAGGAGAUCGCUGAGAUCAAGAGAUAUGAGGACUUCACAACCAUAGACUGGGUCCAAGAUGCCGCCAGAGAACAGAUGCGGCGCAAGGCCCGCCGGAGGAGGACGGCCGGUCUCUUCGACAACGGCAAGGUGACAUGGCGGUACAAGCUAUGGGAAUCCUACGAUGCCGCCCAGGGAUGGAUCGUCGUGACGCUUGUCGGCGCUGCUAUCGGGCUGAUCGCAUCGUUCCUCAACAUCAUCACCGAGUGGCUGUCCGACAUCAAGCUGGGCUACUGCACGACUGCCUUCUACCUGAACGAGAAUUUCUGCUGCUGGGGCGAGGACAACGGAUGCGACGACUGGCACAGGUGGACCAGUUUCGAGCCUCUCAACUAUUUCCUGUAUAUCAUCUUUGCCACGACCUUCGCCUUCACUGCCGCGAUACUCGUCAGGUCCUACGCGCCGUAUGCGGCCGGCUCGGGUAUAUCCGAGAUCAAAUGCAUUAUCGCAGGGUUCGUCAUGAAGGGGUUCUUGGGAUUCUGGACGUUGCUCAUCAAGUCUAUCGCCCUGCCGCUUGCUAUCGCAUCCGGUCUGUCGGUUGGAAAAGAGGGCCCCAGCGUCCAUUAUGCGGUCUGCACCGGCAACGUCAUUUCCAGGAUGUUCGAAAAAUACAAGUACAACGCUUCCAAGACCCGAGAGAUCCUAAGCGCUUGCGCUGCCGCGGGCGUGGGUGUGGCUUUUGGUAGUCCCAUAGGAGGUGUGCUGUUCUCGCUCGAGGAGAUGUCGAGCUAUUUUCCCUUGAAGACUAUGUGGCGAAGUUAUUUUUGCGCCUUGGUGGCAACCGCAGUUCUCGCCGCUAUGAAUCCGUUUCGGACCGGGCAGUUGGUCAUGUUCCAGGUUAAGUACGAUCGAUCAUGGCAUUUCUUCGAGGUCGUUUUCUACAUCAUCCUCGGAAUCUUUGGCGGCCUUUACGGUGCUUUCGUUAUGAAGUGGAACCUGCGGGCUCAGGCCUUUCGCAAGAAGUACCUGACCAAGUACGCAGUGCUCGAAGCCACACUGCUGGCCGCGGGGACAGCUAUUAUUUGCUAUCCUAAUGUGUUCCUUCGGAUUGACAUGACAGAGAGCAUGGAGAUCUUGUUCUUGGAAUGCGAAGGGGCAGAGGACUAUCAGGGGCUAUGCGACGCCGACAAGCGCUGGAGCAAUAUCCUCUCUUUGACCCUGGCGACAAUUAUCAGGAUAUUCCUGGUCAUCAUCUCAUACGGUUGCAAGGUUCCUGCGGGUAUUUUCGUGCCAUCAAUGGCGAUCGGGGCAUCGUUCGGACGAACUAUCGGCAUCAUCGUCCAGAGUCUGUACGAUUCUUUUCCCAACAGUGCCUUCUUUGCCGCUUGCAAACCAGAUGAGCCUUGCAUUACCCCUGGGACAUAUGCAUUCUUGGGUGCUGCAGCUGCUCUGAGCGGAAUCAUGCACAUUACCGUCUCUGUGGUGGUUAUCAUGUUUGAACUUACCGGCGCUUUGACUUAUAUUCUCCCUACCAUGAUUGUGGUUGGCGUUACCAAAGCGGUGUCGGAGCUGUUUGGAAAGGGUGGCAUCGCAGAUCGAAUGAUCUGGUUCAGCGGUUUCCCCUUUCUUGAUAAUAAGGAGGAGCACAACUUUGGUGUACCCGUCCAGGCUGUUAUGAAGACGGACGUCGUAGCCAUUCCAGCCAAUGGCAUGAUGCUUCAGUCUGUCGAAGAUCUCCUGAGCCAGCCCAAAUACCAAGGCUUCCCUAUAGUGGAAGACCUGGAGUCGAAGAUUCUUCUUGGCUAUAUAGGUCGAACCGAACUCCGCUACGCAAUCGACCGACUGCGCCGUGAGCGUCAAAUCACCAUCAACCCCGAAGCGAAAUGCGCUUUCUCGCCCCCUGCAACGGCGCUCAGCAGUAUCACACCAAUUACGCCCACAGUUACUGUCAACAACGCCGACUUCGGUAUGUCGGCUGCCUCUAUCGACUUCAGCCGCUACGUGGAUGCGACCCCUGUCACUGUACACCCGCGGCUCCCAUUGGAGACGGUCAUGGAACUAUUCCGGAAGAUCGGACCUCGUGUCAUCUUGAUCGAACACCACGGUCGCCUGACAGGCCUAGUCACAGUCAAGGAUUGCCUCAAAUACCAAUUCCAGGCCGAGGCGUCCGAAAACCCCCGAGAGGACCAUGACAUUCAGAGAGGACACGAGAGGCUCUGGGGAUGGAUUCGGACCGCGGCCGGCUGGGUCUCGGACAAGGUCGCAAGUGUCAGUGGUGGCAGGAUACAGCUGGGAAACGGACCCCCACCGCCGCCGAGAGGGGCGGGUGCCAUCAUGGAUGGAGACGAGGAUCUAGCGGAUCUAGCGGAUGAUGAGGGUCUAGAGCUGGAGAAUAGAUAA